AGUAGAGCGCAUAACCAGGAAGUGGACAGAAGCGGAAGUAGAAUCAUCACCAACAACAACACGGAAAAACACAGAGACACUGCAAUCUCAGCGGUACCGUAGACAUGAAUAACAAAGGCCAGUACCCUUCAGCCCCAGCCUAUCCAACCCAGACUCCCAAUCCACAGUCUGUCUAUCCACAAGCCAUGCAUCUUCAACAAGCUCCUCCCUACACAGAUGCUCCUCCCGCCUAUUCUGAGCUUUAUCGCCAAGGGUAUGUUCACCAACCUGCUCCUAAUAUGCCAACUCUCUCUGCCCCCUACCCUGGAACCUCCAUGUAUGUGCCAAUGCCUCAAACUAUGCCAGUAGCACAAAUGGCUUCCUCCGUUCCCAUGGCUUACUACCCAAUUGGACCUAUGUAUCCCCAUGGCUCUACAGUCCUUGUGGAUGGUGGGUUUGAUGCAGGCGCAAGGUUCGGUGCUGGAAAUAGUGCAUCUGUGCCACCACCACCACCUGGCUGUCCUCCAAAUGCAGCCCAGCUGGCAGCCAUGCAAGGUGCCAAUGUUGUGGUUACACAAAGAAAAGGCAAUUACUUCAUGGGUGGCUCGGACGGAGGUUACACCAUGUGGUGAGAAGGAUUCUGAGGCACGGAAAGGGGGUCAUAAAGAAGCAGCAAAAAAAAUAAAAAAUUCUAAAUAAAGCGGGCUAACUCUUUUAUACAACGAAUGACAUCUCACUGCGUGAGCACUUCCCACAACGUUCUGCUUUAGAAUAUUAACCCAAGAUAGAAUACAGGAUGUUUAGACACAAGUUGAAGUGGGAUGUCUGCUCGGUGCUUUCUGUACUCCUCUUAUAGGAAAAGGAGGUCCUUUAAAGUAAAAUAAAAUACAAAAUAUAUAUAUAUACAGUUAAAGCUUAGCAUCCCCUUUAUACCACUUCCUACCUCCUGCACAUACCUUCAUCUUUUUAUUGUAAGUGAACAGGCGUUCUUCAAGAUAACCUGAGUUCUUGGCAGAUUGUUGACUCGGGCUGGAAGAUUUCUGUUAUUGGGACAUAAUAGCUACAUAAAGGGCAAAAAGUAAAUAUUGUGCACAUAUAUGAAGAGUGUUCUUUAAUACUGGUACAUCUAUUUUAAAUUCUGUAAACCUUUUUGUUAAAUCUAAAUUCCUUGUGCUAGUGCUGACAAGAACGGCCAGUACUCCAGUACAGCAUCAUCCCAGAUAUUGAACUCUUGAGGAUACUGAUAUUUUGCAGUAGUACUUCACUUAAUACAUGUUGGAGCAUCUUUUCAAAAGGAACAUGUGGAUAACUGUCUGCAUACAAUAUGUAUCCGAGGCAGGUCUUAGUAUUCCUUUAUAGAAGAUGACCAGAUGUAGUCUCUGGGUGUAAUUGUUCGCACUGGCACAGUGUUUUUUAUUUUGGCAAAGUUAAUGUCACUGUUUAAAGUACAUUUCUGUACUGGUUGCCAAGGAGUAAACUACCUUUUUGGAAACAUUUGUAUGCGUCAAAGCAAGAGUAAUGUAAUGCUGCAUGUUUCAUAUGUCAAGAGUUGAAGGAUGAUCAAUAAAAAAAUGCAAAGAGGUGCUUUAAUCCUUUAUUCAGUUUUUAAAUAAUAAAAAGGUAAUUUGAGAAUAAA